UAUUCUCUCUACAUUUUCAUAAUUUUCUUCUCCUCAACUUCAGAUGCUGUAGCUUUUUGACUAUUGAAGAGAAGACUGACGAGAUCAGAACCAAUUCUCUGUUUAUGGCGUCUCUGAUCUCAGAUAUUGAACCGCCGACGAGUACUACGACAGAUCUCGUUCGGAGGAAGAAGAGAUCCUCUGUCUCCUCCGCCGCAUCGUCUAGUACAACCGCAGGUUCCGUCUCCAGUGAGAGCCACGCGCGAUGGAGAUCGGAGAAGCAACAACGGAUCUACUCAGCCAAACUGAUUCAGGCGCUCCAACAAGUCCGCCUCAACUCUUCCGCCGCGACAUCAUCGUCUCCAACGGCUCAGAAACGAGGCAAAGCCGUCCGUGAAGCCGCCGAUCGAGCUCUCGCUGUUUCCGCUCGUGGAAGAACGCUCUGGAGCAGAGCGAUCCUAGCUAAUCGGAUCAAACUGAAAUUCCGUAAACAGAAACGGCCGAGAACUAGGACGAAGAUUCCGCCCAUGACCACGGUGGUGAAUAGCAGCAACAGAUCGAGGAAACGAAGAGUGUCGGUGUUGAGAUUGAAUAAGAAGAAUAUACCGGAUGUUAACCGGAAAGUACGUGUACUGGGCCGGUUAGUUCCCGGUUGUGGGAAACAAUCCGUACCGGUGAUUCUAGAAGAAGCAACUGAUUAUAUUCAGGCUCUGGAGAUGCAAGUCAGAGCCAUGAACUCUUUAGUUCAGCUUCUCUCCUCCUACGGCUCCGCUCCUCCACCGAUUUGAUGAGGGAUAUGAUUUAAGAACACUGGAGUAUGACUAAGCGA